AUGGCUUCGGAUAGAACUCAGAGCUCCGGUGGUUUCUCAAGAGAACAAAGCUCAGACACCAAUGAAGCGCAGUACAGGAUCAACGGAGAAGCCGCUUCUCACACCAAAGAAGGCUCGAGACGAGAUACAAAUGGGGAUGUCAGAAGCGAAGAUGGGGAUGCAGACCUGUUUGGUGAUGACGAUGACGGCGAUGCACAUAGUAAACCUGGUGACCGGAAACUUGAUGAUACAGAAUUGGACUCCGGAGAUGAUGAGGGCCGUCGAGACAGAAUCGCGGAUACCAUCGAAGACGAGGACGACGAGCAGGAGGCUGUGGUGGAUCAAGUGGUUCGAAUCUAUCCUUCUGAUCUUGGGCGUAUGGCCGAACCUGAACCCGGCAAUGGUGACCUCUAUGUUUUGAAUCUUCCGCCAUUUUUAGGUCUGAGGCCAGAGAAUUACGACCCGGACACGUACGAGGUACCAACAACACAUCAUGGAGCAGCUCAACCUCCUGCAGACAAAUUCUCUCCCUUCUCUGUGGCAUCAACCACAGCGUUCUGGCGACACGAUCCUCGGGACCUAUCAAAGCUACAAUCCAACACGCGCCUCAUCCAGUGGGAAGAUGGUUCAAUGACACUACAAAUUGCUUCGCAACCACGAGAUCACUACCGGGUGUCCACGACUGCACUACGACAAGACUUUGGAAAUGGUAAGAACAAGAAGCUGGGCGAAUCACAAGACUAUAAUCCGGACAAGGACUCGCAACACUACCUAUCCACACCUCACGCCAAAGCUGAAGUUCUUCGCAUCAUCCACCCUUUCACUGCAGCCAUGAAGAUAUUCCCCUCUGGCGAGCAGGCGGACGAGGCAGUGCUUGCCCUACAAAAGUCCUUAGCUGCAGCAGAGGCAGUUCACGACCCCUUCGCCGCAAUUCGAAACGUGAAAGAAGAUCCCGAAUUGGCUAAGACACGAGCCGAGCUAGCAGAAAAAGACAAAUUACGUGCCGAGCGCAAACGGGAAGCCCAGAUCGAGCGCGAAACUGGUCGCAAGGACAAGGUCCUAGGUCGACGCGGGGUCGGCAGAGGAAGCGUUGGUUUAACUGUUGGUGGUCUCGAGGAUGAGGAUGGGAUGCCUACUGCGAAGGCUAGGAAGCCUGCUAGGAAGGGUGGCAACCGACGAGGCGACAUUUAUAGCGAUGACGAAGAUGACGGCUACCCGAGAGGCAGAACGAGAGAAGAUGAGUAUGAUCAAGAUGACGGGUUUCUGGCGGCCAGCGACGAAGAACCUGAGAUCUUCGAUGACGAGGAUGAUGCAAAAGAGACUGAUCUGGAUGAGGAUGACCUGGAGAUUGAGGGCAGACAGACUGUCUUGCAAUCCAAGUCGAGGAGUGAUAGACAGGGGACGCCGAAGAGGUCUCAAGAAGAGAUAGAAGAGGAUGCGGCGGUAGUAGGGAGCCCACAUGCGAGGAAAAAGCGGAGGGUCAUUGACGACGAUGAGGAUGAAUAG